UUUACAAGAUUUAUUAGCUUUGUUGAAAUAGGAGGUUUUUGAUCCAUUGAAGCAACAAGUAUGCCACCUUUUCACGGUAAUGGAUGUGAAAUUACUGUGCAGGGGCCAGAUCCAAAGCUUCCCCAUAACUGCAGAGCUAUCAUGAAACGCUCAGAAUCAACCGGCUGUGGAAUCCCUACAGAGAAGCUGUAUGAGCAUCUCAGCUCUGGAGUGUUCUUAGACCAUAAAAGAAAGAAGUAUUGGAUUGAUCCAAAAACAGGCUACAAUUGUUUCAUGCUAUUUGCAAGAGAUCUUUCAAUCACUUGGGGUGAUGACAAAAGUUACUGGAAAUGGGAUUCUUUGCAAGAAACAAGCAAUGUGCAUGUUGACAUAGCUGAACUCAUAAACGUCUGUUGGCUUGAGGUGCGCGGAAAUCUUGACACAUCAAAUCUCUCACCAGGAGUCAUGUAUGAGGUUGCAUUUGUGGUGAUGUUGAAAGAUUGUGCCAAUGGAUGGAAUGUUCCAGUGAACUUUGAACUCAUACUCCCUAAUGGAAAGAAGCAGGAACAUAAAGUGAAUUUGCAUUCCAAGCCUAAGAGACAAUGGAUUGAAGUUCUGGUAGGGGAGUUUUGGACAUGUCAAGAUAUGGAUGGAGACAUGCAAUUCUCUAUCCUUGAAACCAAGGGAGGGCACUGGAAGAGUGGGCUUGUCAUCAAGGGUGCCAUUAUUCGACCAAAGAGAAACUGUGAUACUGAGAAACCAGGCAAUAAACACUUUACAGUGAUCUCAAAGGAUCUUUCAAUCACUUGGGGCGAUGACCAGCAAUACUGGAACUGGUACUGUUUGAAUGAAACAAGUAACAUUCUUGUCGACGUUGCUGAACUUUUGAAUGUCUGGUGGCUUGAAGUGCGUGGAAAUUUUGACACUUCAAACCUAACACCCAGAGUAAUGUAUGAGAUUUCAUUUGUAGUGAUGUUAAGAGAAUCCAUAUAUGGGUGGGAAGUUCCAGUAAACCUUCAACUCGUACUCCCUGAUGGAGAAAGAAAGGAACGUAAGGAGUGGCUUCUUUCCAAACCAAGAGGACAAUGGGUUGAGAUUCUGGUUGGGGAAUUCUGCACAUCACCAGAGAAGGCCGGAGACCUGCAGUUCUCCCUCUUUGAAUUUGGUGGGCAGGCAAAGAAAGGGCUUGUCAUCAAAGGUGUCAUAAUCAAGCCAAGAAAAAGCAUUGAUGAGAAAUUAAACAAUGAUUGCUUUACGUUGAUCGCAAGAGAUCUUUUGAUCGCUUGGGGUGACAACAACUGUUACUGGCGCUGGUCUUGUUGGAAAGAAAAUAAGGAUGUAUAUGUUGAGGUAGCAGAACUUUUAAAGGUGUGUUCACUUGAUGUGCAUGGAAAGUUUGAUACAUCAAAACUUUCACCAGGAAUCAUGUAUGAGGUUGCAUUCACAGUGAUGUUGAAAGAUAAUGCAUUCGGAUGGGAAGUUCCUGUGCACUUUCGACUUCUACUUCCAGAUGGAAAAACACAGGAACAUGAAGAACACCUGCUUUCAAAACCUAGAGGAGAAUGGAUAGAGCUUAAAGUAGGGGAAUUCCAGGCAUCCCCUGAAAAGGCUGGAGACAUUCAAUUCUCACUCUUUGGGAACCGGAAGAGCGGACUCAUAAUCAAAGGUGUCACAAUUCGGCCAAAGAACUGAAUCUAAAGCCACUUUAUAUUUAUAGAUAUA